AUGACGGACCUUAUGGACAAUUACAAAGAUAGAAACGAUAUCUUGGCGGGUAAUGUGUUGUAUUUCCUCCAAGCCAUUGCGGACGUGUUUCCAGAAGAAGUCACGCCAGAUAUGAAUAUGUCUUCUCGCUCCUCCAUCAGUACUAAAUCUCUCAAAACAGCCGUCCAAGCUUUUGUCACUGCCUUUCUUCGACGGCAACUCACAGACAAUCUGACCAAAAGAAUACUUGUCAAAAUGAGCGUAAUUCUUCCGAUGCUCUCGAAUCCCCUCUUGAUCGCAGACUACAUUGUUGCUUGCUACGACUCUCCGAACUCGUCGAUUGCAUUUUUGGCUUUGAGUGGCAUCUUUACUCUUGUUAGCACGUACAAUUUUGAGUAUCCAGACUUUUUCCAGAAGGUUUAUCGACUUUUAUCCGAUGAUGUUGUCUAUGCUGCAAAUAGAGUCCAAGUUCUGCAUAUGAUAAAUAUGUUCUUGCAGUCUCCAAAGCUUCCCGUCUCCUAUCAGUAUGCCUUCUGUAAAAGACUCUCGCGACUAGCACUACACGCUCCAGCCCCAGUCGCGAUUGGCAUCAUGCCGGUUAUUUACAACCUCAUUCGCAGCAGUCAGUCCUUGCGAUUGCUCAUUAAUAGACCAACUGCAGCUGAAGUAGAAAAAGAUCCUUAUGAUCACACAGCUGAAAAUGUUGAAGAUUCAAGAGCGGCAGAAAGCUGUUUGUGGGAGCUUGAAUCGCUGAGAAAGCAUUUUGUUCCAGAAGUGAAAAGAUUGGCCUCUCGGACGCUUUCACCUCCGAAGAAAAAGUCGGUCGCCGAUGACGACGACUUCGAUGAUUUUGCGGAUGAAAAAGAACCUUGGGUAGCGCACUCGAUUGAAGCAAUCGAACCAGUAGCAAAAACUGUUUAUGAGCGAAAUCUUGUUAGAGAAUCGAUGACAUACGGUGAAGUAUUGGAAAACUACAAGGCGUAUUCGACGAAAGAUAUGAAAAAGAAGAACUUUGAAGGGCACACGCUCGCGUAUGUAACGCCUUGGAACAAUCAUGGAUAUGAUGUCGUCAAAAUGUUCAACAAGUUCUCACUCGUCCUUUGGUCGACGAUGCUGUUCAUCUAA